CCUGCCCGGGGCGAUCCCGGCUUCCCGCAGCUCCCGCUCCGGCAGCGGCCGUGGGGGGGAGCUGCCGGCGUUGCUCGGGAGGGGCAGCCCCGCCGUGAGCGAUGAGAGCGACCGACUGGUGCCGGAGCUCGGCGGGGGCCGCCCUGGUGCUGGCCACAUCCAGCGAUGCUGAGCACCCCGCCGAGAGCGUGGCGGACGGAAGUUCCAAAACAUUUUGGACGACGACAGGCAUGUUCCCACAGGAGUUGAUAAUUGGUUUUCCCAAAUGUGUAAAAAUCAGCAAAGUCGCCAUCCAGUGUUAUUUGGUGCGGACCUUAAGGAUUGAAAGAAGCACAUCUAAAGACCCUGAGGGUUUUCAACAGUGCAUUGAAAAAGAUUUGCAGCACAGAGAAGGACAACUCCAAAUGGAAGAAUUUCCACUUCCUGAGUUUGAAGCCACUUACUUGCGUUUCAUCAUCAAAUCUGCCUUUGAUCAUUUUGUGUCAGUGCACCGGGUGAUGGCAGAGGGCACGGCAGAGCACACUUGAGCCCAGCUUAAAUUUGGGCCUCCAUUUUAUUUUUUUUAUAAGAAAGCUUCACUUUAAUAGCUGCACUGAAGAGAAUGUUUAUUAUUAGAACCUUGUAUUAAAAUUGUUUUUGAAGGUCUGGAUGUGGUAUGUAUUCCCUGCUAGUUUAAUGUAUGGAAUAGAAUAGGUAACUUUUUAGUUUGGAAAAGACUUUUAAGAUCAUCAAGUCCAACCACAACACAGUGCUGUUUUUAAUUGUAGUAACAGCUUUCUCAUUUUGUAACCUAAGCUGUCAGCCUAGAACACCUGAAGUCCAUUUAAGGUAGUAUGUUUAUAUCAGGCUUACAUAAUACAUGAAUUAAAACUUAAUUUCCUGUAAAAUGUUUCCCUUGUGCUCUGAGUUAAAUAGGAAUAAAAAUGUGAGCUACUUAAGUGGGAUGUAU